AUGCCAGCAGCCGAGCGCAGGAAACCACUCAGGGCAAACUCAAGCCCAUCAACAACCAGACACUCCCAGCCCAGCGGAAACGGAGGGAGCGGACUGCUGCUCAGGCUAUUCGAAUCCGAGUACUUCAACGUCCAUCUGGCCAUCUCAUACCAUCUGCUCAUCAGUAGACCCACACAGAGCUUCGCACUCGAAUCCUUCAUCAUCAGCAGAUCCCAACUAUCCACCCAUCUCGCAAUCAAAACACUAUGGUAUCUCCAAGCAUCCCUAUCCGAUCUAUCCUCAAACCCCAACACACCCAACUUCAUCGUCUGCCAUCGGGCCUUCAACCGCAUCCAAUCCAUCAUCUUCUCCGACCCCCUCCUCGAACUAUCCACCCAGCGGCUCCAAGUCGACCCCAGGCAGACUGCCAUCGGACUCAACCUGUCCCUCAACCCAAACCAACCCCCACAACAAAACCACCACCCCACCAGCCAAUCAACUCCCUACUGGAAACAGCUCAAGCAACGCACACUAACCGAAUUCAGUAAACUCUCAUCAGGAGCAGGAGGAGCAAGAACUAAGAUCACAGAGAAAGUCCUGCCGACCACCGUCGGAAUCGGCCUCGCCCUCGCCGGAAUCGCCUCGCCCCAGCUGGCUCUGCAAACCGGCCAUGUGCCGAUCGAACAGAGUAGGAGCUAUGGCCAAUCCCUCACCAUCACCUCACGACUCAAGGGGAAAAAUCUGGAGGAGGAUGACGAUCACAAUAGCAACUCGGCGAGCGAUGAAGAGGAUCAUCCUCAGAAGCCCCAACAACAACAGCAACGUCCUACUUUCAAACCUCUCAUCCGUCCUCGCCACCAGAGUAUGAGGGAGCCCCCUAGCCCUCGGAUCCUCAAACAUCCAUCAUCAAGGCCCCAGAAGCUGAGCAGCCACCAACCAUCCUAUUCAAUCGACCAUCCUGCCACUCUCCAGAACACCACCAGCCUGAAUGCUCAGCACAACCUAGCCUCCUCCUCCUCCUCCUCCUCCCUUGGACUCUUGUCGCCACAAUCGGCCCCCAGAAUCAAUCUCGAUCAGGUCCAGACCCACCUGGCCAUCGCUUCAGCCUCACCCUCCAUCCUCACUGCCCCCAUCCCCUCCACCGAUCCCUUCUCCUCCCGAGAUGGCUUGCCCAAUGUCCCUCAGGGCCAUCACCUAGAUCAUCUGCUCUUUCAAUCGCCUGGCAGUACAGACAGCCACUAUGGCCUGCCCACCAUACCCCACUAUCCAGCUCAACUCGGCACUGCCUCCAUUGCUUCCACCUCUUCCCCCAGAGUUCAUACUUCCGCCGCAAUCUCUCAAUCUGCCCCCUCCCUACCCGAAGCGCUCUCGAAAUUUAAACGGGACAGCCGAUUCCACCACCCUCGCACAUCGGCCAUGAACCGAAACGGGAAACUCACCCACCAAGCGGGCGGCACGAACAACAGUAGUCCGAUCCGCCAUCUCUUCAACGCACUCUUCAUGGAUCCCAACGAAAUCCCUCACGGCUUGCUCGACCAGGUCCUCAAAUCCCAAUCGAUGAGGUCUCAAUUGGAUCUAAUCACCAGUCUUCAGGAUAUCGCUACUCGACUGGUCGUCGUGCCCAAGAAAGCCAGACUCUCAGCUCUGCGUGCCGAGCUGACCGUCCUCAACCACAGCCUCCCCAAAGGCUGCUGCUUGGGAAUGUACUGCAACGGAGAUCAUUGUGACGAGGGUGAUAAGGGCGAGGAGAAGUCGGGGGGUGGCAGCAUGGAGGCCGAGCUGGGCGUCGGUGGCGGCGGCGGAAGUUCGAAGCGGAAGAAGAAGUGUCACCAGCGGAUCGUCAGGAUCUCGCCCAACGAGUCUGUCGUCCUCAACUCAGCCGACCGGGCCCCGUUCUUGAUCCACGUCGAAGUGCUCGAAGACCAUCUCGACUUCGACCCCAACCGGCGCUCGAACUACGAGGAUCUGAGGAAGGCCAUCAAGGGCUCUGCCAUCUCCGCCAACGACGCCGCCGACUCGAAAACUCCAAAUCCAAACAUCUACCUCAUCAACGACUCCUCGCCUAACUUCUCCGAAUCGAACGUCAGCAAACUCGCCACAGCUGAGCAACCAAGUCGUAGAAGCAGCACCGAUCAGCACACUAUCAAAUCCCUGGGGAUGGCUAAGAUCUCAAGCUCGCUUCCUCCCGUUGGCGAAUCAUUCAACCAUCUGGGCCUUGCCUCCAUCAGUUCUCCUACCGAUCAUACGUCCUGUAGCAGCGCUCAUUCUAGCGACCACGGCUUCAAGCACCAGCUCGAUCAUCCUUCUCAGACUCUGCUCGAUCGACGGACGGGGAUCGAGCACAGCCAAGCUGGCUCGGUAUUCUCGUCUCCGCGUCAUCACAGCAGACGAGCUUCGUCGUUCGACUUCCCCGAGAUCCUCUCGAACUUUCCCGAGGAGGAGAUUGAUCUUGUCGAGCAGAUCUAUGGCAAGAGCAAGGCCGGCUUGGACUCUCAUCAGACGAUCGAUGAUGAUGGCGAAGAGGAGGAGGAAGACUCGUUUCUCUACAACCACCGCCACUCUGAAUCCCUCAAUCUUCCCGCCGGGCUGCACAACAAAGCCCUCGACGAACAGGCGUGGAAGCGGGCCGAGCCGGUCGUCGCUCUCACUGAAACCCUAAACAACUUGCAUUCCAACGAGCUCACACCCCACUCUGCCCAUCCCGAGCUUGACGACUCGAUGGCGAAAUCCAAGUCAAAUCCUUUGCCGACAACGACAACGACGACGACGAGCCAGUCGACCGCGGGUGCAGAUAGUAGUACCACCAAAUUGAUGGAUCCGAGCGCGCUGGCGGCCUUGCACCAAUCGCCCUCAAGCCUCAAAUCGCCCAGUCCGACUCCCUCACGCCCGCCGAUCACCUUGGAUGAGUAUGCGGAACGGAUGCGGAUGGCGGCGAUCAUGCUUGCCCAACUGAGUGCCUCGCAGCAGCCGUCCCAGUCCCUGUCGAUGACCCCGUCGAGUGCCGCGGGAAUGGUCGUGGGCGGAGCGAUCGGGCUCGGUGCGGGCUUCGUGGGCGUGACUGUCGGCGCGGGACUGGGGGCGGUUGUGAGUCGUCGGCUGGUCGGGAACGGCCAAACGGUCAUCACCUCGCCGAUCGGCCGGAAAGAUCUCAAUGCCAACGGAACUGGCUCAGGGGUGAACGUCAACGGACAAGGUUCGGCGGGGCUGUCGGUCAAACUGGACAUGAAGACCGCCGAGGGCAGGUCCGAUCUCCUUCCGUCUCGCACCGGAAGCUCGGGCCCUAAUGCGGUCCCCCGACAGAAGUUCUUGAGCCCCCAGCAGAGCCAGGCCAUCAAGGACAAGAUCAUGUCGGAGAUGAUGCUUCUGGAGGAAGAGCGGAUGCAGCGGAUGAGGCUUGACAUCAUCACGGGGAACCCCAAGCAGCCUGGUGCCUCAGGAGGCGAGUCGAAGAGCUCGACGGGGGGCACCCAGAAGAACUCGCAUGUGGCGGACGAAUCGGUGGUGAUGAAGGCGGUGAACGAGGAAGACCCGUCGGGAAAGAUGCUCUCGGAGUCGUGGGCGUCGAAGCGAGCGCGGAUCCGGCAGUCGUCGCCCUACGGCCACUUAGCCAACUGGAACCUGUUCUCGGUGAUCGUCAAGACGGGCACGGACCUGCGUCAGGAGCAGAUCAUCGUCCAGCUCAUCAACGAGUUUGGCCGGAUCUGGGCCGAGGAGGCCUGCGACGUCUGGGUGCGCUACUAUCGCAUCCUCGUCACCGGCGAAAGCACCGGGCUCAUGGAAACAAUCGUCGACGCUGUCUCCAUCCACUCGCUCAAAAAAUCCGCCUACUCUAAAAUCUCCCUCCAUCGCGCUAAACAGCCCGCCCUCAAUCCGAGCCCCGGCGCCACCGGUAGUAGUAGUGCUGCUGCUUCGAAUGCUAACACUGCAGCUCCCACUGGCGGCUUACCAAACUAUUCGAUCUUCGACCAUUAUGUUGAUACGUAUGGACCACCGACGGGAGAAAAGUACAAGCAAGCGCAGAAGAACUUCAUGAAGUCGCUCGUCUCAUACUCGAUAAUCUCGUACAUCCUGCAGCUAAAAGACCGCCACAACGGGAACAUCUUGAUCGACAAGGAGGGCCACAUUAUCCACAUCGACUUUGGGUUUGUGUUGAACAACUCGCCGGGCUCGAUCGGCUUCGAGAUGGCGCCGUUCAAGCUCGCCCAGGACUACAUCGAGGUGCUCAACCCGCCCGCCUACUUCACCUCGGCCAAGGACGGCAAACGCCACCCCUCCUCGAGCCUCUCCGCCGGGAAUGAGCUCAAUAGGUUCCAUGAGUUCGUCGAGCUCUUUAAACUCUCGUUCAAGAAGAUCCGCAAACACGCCGAACGGAUCAUCACGAUCGUCGAGCUCAUGCAAGUCGAGUCCAAGCUGCCCUGCUUCGGCGGCAACGGCGACCUGGUGAUCAAGAACUUGCGCGACAGGUUCCAGUUGGGCCUGACCUCGGACGACAAGCUCGACGAGUUCAUCGAGAACAAGCUCGUCCUCGCCUCGCUCAACUCGGUCUUCACCAGGCUCUACGACUCCUUCCAGUACUUCAGCCAGGGCGUCCUGUGA